GUCAAACCAGGAAGUGAAAGCAAAUCUAACUAGAAUAACAAGAAUGUGGUGUGUCCUGUAGCUUUCUAGUUUUUAGCCUAUUUUCAAGCAUUUACUUGAAUAGUAGGGAGAAUCGCUAAUAGACAGGUGGAGAGACACUACCUCUCUCUGCGGAAUAAACACUUCCUUACAAUGAAAAUCUAUUUUGCUUUUGUGAUUAGCUUGUUAUUGUUUUGUCCUGGAGAAAUGACGGAAUGGCCAACACAUACACUCUGCAAUACCGGUAACUUUCAAGCAUUUUACAAAAGUUGUGAUCCUCUGCAAGAUUUUGGAGUUGACUUGAGCCUUUGCUCCCCUAUUGCACAAGAUAUGAAACUGAGAUUUGGGGUGCUUUUAAGGCAUAAUAUAAAGGAACUUUUUUUGGCCAUCACAGCAUACUUUAAUGGACAAUUGUUCUUAAACUAUGACUAUACUAUUUGUGAGAGUUCCGCACCAAGAUUUUCCUUCUGUGGGAGAAAAAAAGGAGAAUUUAUACAGAUUGAUCACCCUAUCAUCCCUCAUAUCCCAGUUAUUCCCAAAGGAGAAUUCAAUGUUUCGCUUGAACUGCAUAAUGAAGACAAAAAAUUUAUUGGCUGUGCUACCCUGAUGGUGAACAGUGUGUAACAUUAGUCUCUUUAACCAACUAACAUAAAGUGUCACCUAUAUACAUCUAUAACAUGAGGACAAUAAACAGGACCUGUGAGACUUAUGUGUUUUUUAUAUAACAAA